AUGCGGGCAGAGGGCAUUGCUGCGGCGGCGAGCAAGAUGAUGUACGAGUUGAAGGAUGAUGGUUAUGGUAGUGACGGAGCCAACGUAGCUGUCCCGCUCGGAGGCUCUGUCCUCGCCACGGGCACGUACUUUGCAACGACGGUGAUCGGCGACAAGCCGUAUCGGGUCAUCUUUGACACCGGCUCGUCCGACACGCUGGUCCAUGGCUACACGUCGAGCAGCGGGAGGCCUGUCCCGUGCUCGGUUGAUCCGUCAUGUAUUUGUGAUCCGAAUAGCAACAAGUGCCUCUUUGACGACGGGUAUGGAGAUGGCACCGAGUGGGCCGGGUAUGUCAUGGAGGACGAUGUCGAGCUCGCGCCGGGGCUUGCCAGCAAGGCGCAGAUCGGAUCGAUUGUCAUCUCAGUUGACCCGCACUCGCUGCCGGACGGCAUUGCCGGCAUCCAGGGCAUGGCGUACUCUGGUCUCUCUUCGUUCGGUGCACCGAGCCCGUUCAGCACCAUGGCUCAGGCCGGGCUUGUCGACCACGUCUUCUCGCACUGUCUCCCCUACGGCACCGACGCCGAGGCCCCGUCGGUCACCUAUGGCCCGGGCAACUACUCGAUCGAUGACUUUGAGUUUACGCCCAUCAUCAACGAAAAAUGGUACGUCGGCAACGUGACCGGGCUCGGCGUCGGCGGUGUCGAGGUUGACGUCGACCCGGCGGUCUUUACCCGCAACAUCUCGAUCUACGACUCGGGCACCACUCUCUGGCUUCUCCAGGACGAUGCUUUUUGGGCUGUGUGGGGCUCGUUCCUCUCGCUCUGUGACACGCUUGAUCUCGAGGGCGUGUGCGGCGAUGCCUCUGGCCCGCUUUUUGUGUAUGGAGAUGUCAUCGUCCUCACUCCCGAGCAGUUUGCCCAGUUUCCGGACAUCACCAUCAAGGUGGCGCGAUCGGCGUCGCCGUCGCCGCCGCCGGUCGCGCCCGCGCCGCCACCACCACCGCCUAGCACUGCCUCGCCGCCGCCGCCGCCGACGGGCGUGCCCGCGCCGCCGCCACCAUCUGUCAACGUUACGCAGGAUGCCGGCGCCGUGUCGUCCGAGGGAGACGGCGACGAUGUGGUCAUCGUUGUUCCGCCCUCGGCGUACCUCCUCCCUGUGUCCACGACCUCGGACGGGAUCGGCUACUUUUACGGCAUCCAGAGCGCGCCGAUCACGAUCAUGGGCGAUGUGGUGCUCUCCAACUACCACGUGAGGUACGAGAUGGAUACCGGCAGGGUCGGCUUUGGCCCGCUCUCGACCUGCCCGACCGUCGGCCCUGUGCCGCCACUCCCGCCGACGCCGUCGUCGCCGCCGUCCAAGACCUCGACAUACGUGGUUGUCGGCGUGGUUGUCGGCAUCGUGGCAAUUGUCGGCGCGGUUGUCGGCGUUUACCUUGUCGUCCGUAGCCGCUCGUUGAGGCACGGCAUCUACGAUGAGAUCAAUUGA